AUGGCUAGUAAUGAAGAAGAUGAAGUUAUACGUGAAGCAUUUAUGAUAAAGAGGUCGCAAAAUAAGAAAAUAUUUACCCCAGUGAAUUAUAAGGAACGAUGGUUUGUGCUUACAAGGAAAGCACUAAUAUACUAUGACUCUGAUGGCCAAAAACGUAAAGAGCGCGGACGAAUACCAACAGAUGCUAUUCAUACAGUAGAGCAAGCUCAGCUAGGAGAGUUGAGUAAACAAAUACUAGACGACAACGAGAAGAGUCCUGCCUACAGGUAUCCCUUCCAGGUGGGCUACACGGAGCAAAACACGGACUACACUCUAUACCUAGUAGCGCGGGAGCAUAGUGAUCGAUUGAACUGGAUUCACGAAAUAAGAACUGUGUGUAUAUCAAAUACACGUCGCGGUCGAUACCACCCGGCGGUGUGGUCGGCGCGUCGUUGGGUGUGUUGUGACGCGGAGCGCCGAUCCGCACCAGGUUGCGCGCUCGCCGCCGUCUGGCCGUUGCCGGAGCCCGACCUAGAGCUCAUACUGCAAGAGCAUAAGAGCAACGACGUUUUACCGGUCACUGCGGCAGUCACAAUGCCCGGGGGAGGCGGCGCACCACCAGGAACACCCUCUGCUAAACCUAAGGAAAAACAAAGGACCAAAGUUGUUGUAGCUUUAUAUCCUUUUAAAGCCAUAGAAAGCGGCGACCUAUCAUUGGAAAAGGGCGCAGAAUACGAGGUGAUAGAUGAUUCUCAAGAACAUUGGUGGAAAGUAAAGGAUGAAAAUGGAUCUGUUGGAUACAUUCCAAGUAACUAUGUUAAAGAAAAGGAAACUAUAGGAUUUCAAAAAUAUGAAUGGUACGUGGGCGAAAUGUCACGCCAGCGGGCCGAAUCAGUACUGAAGCAAGAGGAUAAAGAGGGUUGCUUUGUGGUACGAAAUUCUUCCACAAAGGGCAUGUACACGCUCUCUUUAUAUACCAAAGUUAACCAUCCCCAAACCAAGCAUUACCACAUAAAGCAGAACACACGCGGCGAAUUCUACUUAUCGGAUAAACAUUGUUGUUCAAGUAUUCCCGAACUAAUAAACUAUCAUAAACACAAUAGCGGUGGACUUUGUUCGCGGCUGAAAACCACCCCCCGCGACCGCCCCGCGCCGCCCACUGCGGGGCUCUCACAUGACAAAUGGGAGAUAGAUCCGGGCGAGCUGGUGCUGCUGGAGGAGCUGGGCGCGGGGCAGUUCGGCGUGGUGCGGCGCGGGCGCUGGCGCGGCCGCAUCGACACCGCCGUCAAGAUGAUGAAGGAGGGCACCAUGUCCGAGGACGACUUCAUAGACGAGGCUAAGGUUAUGACUAAACUCCAGCACCAGAACCUGGUGCAGCUAUACGGCGUGUGCAGCAAGCACCGGCCCAUCUACAUCGUGACGGAGUACAUGCGGCACGGCUCGCUGUUCAACUACCUGCGCCGCACCGCGCCCGACCAGCUCGGGCCCGCCGUGCUGCUGGACAUGUGCAUACAGGUUUGCAAAGGAAUGGCAUAUUUAGAAAGGCAUAAUUAUAUUCAUCGAGAUUUAGCCGCAAGAAAUUGUUUAGUUGGAGAUGAAAAUGUAGUGAAGGUCGCAGAUUUUGGUUUGGCGCGAUAUGUCCUAGAUGAUCAAUACACGAGUUCUGGUGGUACAAAGUUCCCUAUAAAAUGGGCGCCCCCUGAAGUGCUGAACUACACACGGUUUUCAUCUAAAUCUGAUGUUUGGGCUUUUGGUGUAUUAAUGUGGGAAGUAUUUACAUGUGGCAAAGUGCCAUAUGGUCGAAUGAAGAAUUCUGAGGUAGUAGAAAUGGUCCAGAGAGGACAGGUGCUUGAAAAACCCAAAGGAUGUUUGAACGAAAUUUAUAAUGUAAUGAAAGCUUGCUGGCGACACGCGCCCGAGGAGCGACCUUCCUUCCGCCUGCUUAAGGAGGAGCUGGCGGGCGUUGCGCAGAGCGUGCUGGCCGAU